CCAAAACUAAAGUAGAUUUCUUAGAAAUCAACAAACUUAACAAAUCAGAUCAUUAUGAUGUUAUUUAUAAAAGUUAUUACUUUUACAGUUACUUUAAUGUAUAUCUUAAAGCAGCUGCUAUCAAUAACCAAAUAGAUAAUCUUUAUUUUUACUAA